AUCAGCUUAUAAGCUUCUUGGUAAAGAAGUCCAAAAGUUAAUCGGAUAAUAUUAUUACCAUCCAAAUUCAAACACUUCUCACAUCGUCUCUCGUCGCCGUCGGUAAACCAAAGUCGUCGGACACCGGAAGAUUCAGAAGUCCUUCCUCCGGUGACUUCGUCGGAGUCCGCAAUUCAAUUCGGCAAUAAGAAACGAAACGGCAGGGAGGAAUUUCGCCGGAGAUAUUGACAUCGAAUUCCGUUCAACUAUCUGUUCAUCAGCAUCGCGAUAAACGAAUCAGGUUUUAGUUGAAAUUGUGGAAGAUGAAGAUCACUGUAAUGACAACUGACGAACAAAUCGUCACUCUUGAUGUGGAUCGUGACGAAUCUGUAGAGAACCUGAAAGCUUUGCUGGAAGUUGAGACACAAGUGCCUCUGCAACAGCAGCAGCUUCUGUACAAUGGGAAGGAAAUGAGGAAUUCUGACAAACUGAGCGCUGUAGGCGUUGGUGAUGGUGAUUUGGUGAUGAUGGUGUCUAGUGCAGCAUCCCAGUCUAGUACACCUGCAAAUGACUUGAGCUUCAAACAAGAUGGAUCUGCAGUAAAUCCUUCAGCUUUCCAACAACACUUGCGAAAUGAUUCAAAUUUGAUGGCCCAACUUUUUCAGAAUGAUCCUCAGUUAGCACAAGCUGUCCUUGGGAAUGACCUAAAUAAACUGCAAGAGCUUCUACGUUUGCGUCAUCAGCAUAAAUCAGAGCUACGGCGUCGUCAAGAAGAGGAGAUGGCACUGCUGUAUGCUGAUCCAUUCGAUGUCGAGGCACAAAGGAAAAUUGAAGCUCAAAUUCGCCAGAAAGGAAUUGAAGAAAACUGGGAAGCUGCAUUAGAACACAAUCCUGAAGCUUUUGGAACUGUGGUUAUGUUAUAUGUUGACAUGGAAGUAAAUGGUCAUCCUCUAAAGGCUUUCGUGGAUAGUGGAGCUCAGUCAACAAUUAUAUCUAAAAGCUGUGCAGAACGUUGUGGAUUGUUGAGGUUAUUAGACACACGCUACAAGGGCAUUGCUCGUGGAGUUGGUCAAACAGAGAUACUAGGUCGUAUUCAUGUUGCUCCAAUCAAGAUUGGAAAAAUAUUCUACCCUUGUUCUUUUGUGGUGCUGGAUUCUCCCAAUAUGGAAUUUCUCUUCGGACUUGAUAUGCUUCGCAAGCACCAGUGCAUGAUUGAUCUCAAGGACAAUGUUCUGAGAGUUGGCGGAGGGGAGGUUGCUGUACCAUUUCUACAUGAGAAGGAUAUUCCCAGUCAUUUUCUCGAUGAGAGGGACACCAAGGAGGCUUCGAGCUCAGGAGCUCAGGCAACAUCUGGAGCAACGGAGAAGACUGAUCCUACAAAAGGAAGUCCUUCUGGAAGUGCUGGUGGGAACUUAACACAGGGACCUGAAUUUGAGGCCAAAGUUGCAAAGCUUGUUGAGUUAGGCUUUGGAAGGGAGGCAGUAGUACAAGCUCUCAAGUUUUUCGAUGGCAACGAAGAACAAGCUGCCGGAUAUCUAUUUGGGGGUUGAUUAUUAUCCCUUUUUUGUCAUAGAAUUAAGAUCUGUGGCUUAAUUUGUAUACUCAAAACAUUUUUUUGGGCAUUCAAAUUUGUCUUUGAAAUUAAUUAUAUUGUUGGACACAAAAUUAACCUUGCUUUCCUGCUGAUGGAUUUGCUCAGGGAGUGGAAUUCAAGGUGAAUUAUUUGGUUCUAUGGUUGGUUGGAUGUUAAUUUAGACUUGAUGCAUGAAAGGAAAUUUGUUUUAUUUUCAA